AUGUGGGUCAGAGCAGUCAGACAAGGAACAAGAGGAUACCGGGGUUUUGCCACCAGCCGUGUGUGGCUGAACGAGGCCAAGAACGGGGCCAAGAAGGAGGCCGCAGAGGCUGCCCAGACGGGCGGCGAAAAGUCGAUCGCCUCCCUGGAGUCGGAGCUCGCGUCCACCAAGGAGAAGUUGCUCGCCAAGGACAAGGAGUGUGCCGAGCUUAAGGACAGAUAUGUGCGUUCGGUGGCUGAUUUCAGGAACUUGCAAGAGACCACCAAGAGAGAAAUGCAAAAGGCCAAGGACUUUGCUCUGCAACAGUUCGCCAAGGACCUGCUGGAAAGCAUCGAUAAUUUCGGACACGCUCUGAAUGCGGUCAAGGAGGAGACUUUGAAGAGCAACCAGGAGGUUGCGCAGCUGUACGAGGGUGUUAAGAUGACUAGAGACGUUUUCGAGAAGACGCUGGCCAGACACGGUCUAAGUAAGAUCGACCCUGUUGACGAGCCGUUCGACCCGAACCGCCACGAGGCCACUUUCCAGGCCCCUGCGGAGGGAAAGGAGCCGGGCACGGUGUUCCACGUCCAGCAGCCUGGGUUCGAGCUCAACGGAAGAGUUCUCCGUCCUGCCAAGGUUGGCGUUGUUAGAGAGAACUAG